ACCUCACCCCUCUCCCUCCCCCCAUUUCGGCCAAGCUGCUGCAACAAGAGAAGGAAAACCCUUCUUCUUCCUUCCUCCAUUGUUGAAGAGAACUCAUCAAGGAAGAAUCACCCAAAAAGGAGCUAAAGUGCUAAAAGUGUGAAAUAAUUAAGGAACUUGUGAAAGGUAUUUCAAGUGAUUUCACAAAGUUGGAAAAGUCGCCGGAGUUGUCGCCGGAGUUGACCAAAAGUCGCCGGAGUUUCACCGGAGUUCAACCAAGAAGGGUAAAACUUCAAAACGCUAGCUCAAGGUUGAAGCUAGGGCUUGCUACUUGCACCUUCUCACGGGUGAUAUCAAAUCAGGAAGACGUGGUUCGUGCUUCCUUAUUUUCUUUCAAACUACCGAACACUUGCUCAUGGAAAUAGAGGGCAGGCGAAUGAGGACCAGGAACAAUCCGAGGGGGCAGGCGCCGGUAGCAUCCCAAAGGGGAAGCCGGGCUGCAUCUCGGGGUUCGAGAGGAGGCCGUGGAGGCCGUGGAAGCCGUGGAGGUCAUCAAGCUCAAACUGUGAGUGAUGGCCAUGUGAGCUCGGUGUAUGAGACCAACACCGAAGACUACGACUCAACCUACGUGCCAGAGACGGAGCAUGAAGAGACCCCGUAUGAUGGGGGUGACACGUACACCGAUGAUGAUGAUGAAGAGAGUGAUGCCAAGUUCGCCCAAAUGGGCGAAUUGCUUGAAUGGUAUCAAAAGGAAAAAUUGAGGAGGGACCUUAGGCGCCAAGCGAGGCGUGGCUCUCGCGGUGGUUCGGGUCAAGGAAGCCGGGGAGCUUCCGUGGCCACCCCAGCGGCGUCACAAGGUGGGCGUGAAGGAGGUUUUGUCGUGAGAAUCUCCAAGUACCUCAAGGAGGCUAGGGCCUUGGGGUGUAGGUCCUUUGACGGCACCGGUGACAUUACCGUUGCCGCCGAUUGGAUCAAGAAGGUGAAGGAUGCAUCAAGGGACAUGCAAAUCACACCGGACGUGAAGUUGACUGUCGCUUCACGGCUCCUUGAAGGGAUAGCUUCUACGUGGUGGGAGAGCGUGGAAGGGAAGUACCAUGGGGAAAUAACAUGGGCGGACUUUGAGCUAGAGUUCUAUGCUCAAUACUACUCCGAGUACGAGGUGAAUGUGAAACGGAGAGAGUACACUAACCUCAAACAGAAAGAGGGCGGCACAGUUAAGCAACUGGAACAAGAGUUUAGAACCUUGGCUAGGUUCUUGCCGGAGUACGCGGUUGAUGAGAACCGCAUGACGGAGCACUUUUGGGAUGCCCUACUCUUGGACAUCCGUGACCGAGCUACGUACUCGCGCCACAUGACCUUCAGCGAGGUGGUGGAGCAGGGCCUUCUCGGGGAGGCCCAAUGGAAUGAGAGAAAAGAGAGAGACGCCGAGGAGGCGAAAAAGAGGAAAUGGCAAAGUUCGGGGCCGCCCGAGCAAGCACGAAAGGAUAAGCACGGUGGAGGUGGCGGUUCGUUCAAGACACCGGCACCACCGGCAAAGAAGAACAGGGAUGCUCGGUGGCAUGCAUCCUCCUCACAAAGGACGGGGCCUCCAAAGUGUGCCAAUUGUUCGAAAAAUCAUUUUGGGAAGUGCAAUGCACCCCCAAGGUGUUAUCAAUGCGGGAACACGGGCCACAUGAAGGCAAAUUGCCCACAAUUAGGGGGAGGAGGAGCUUCGGGAUCCGGAGGAGGAACCAUGACGGGAAGAAACCGUGCGGGACCGUCAAACGGCGGUACGGGAAGAGGCGGCGCGUCCACAAGCCAUGCCGCGUCCGUAAAUCAAGGCGGGACCCAAGCACGAGUGUACGCAAUGACCGAGGCGGAUGCGCGAGCAAACCCGGACUCCGUUGCAGGUUGAAGCUAGGGCUUGCUACUUGCACCUUCUCACGGGUGAUAUCAAAUCAGGAAGACGUGGUUCGUGCUUCCUUAUUUUCUUUCAAACUACCGAACACUUGCUCAUGGGUAUUUGUUUUACUAUAAACACUUUUUGGGCUUGCAUGCCCAUGUUGUUGGCCGGUUGUGGCUCAUGACUUACCGUUGAAUAUUUCCG